AUGGAGAGCGUCUUCCAUGACUACUAUUACAGGAUUCAGCCAGAAGUCACCAUCAGUGACCUUGCAGCUCUCAAACAGAGUGAAGAUGAACCUGCCCAAGACUUUAUAAACAGGUUCAGGAAGCUCAAAAUGAAGUGCCGAAUCCCCAUCGAAGAAAGACACUUCAUUCAAAUGGCUCAGGCUGCCCUCAAAAUCUCUCUGAGGAAAAGAUUUGAUGGGAUGCUGUUUGGAGAUCUGGCAGAACUGGCAGAUAAAGCGGCCAAGUACGAGGAAUUGCUCAGAGAGGAACAGCAGAAGAGAAACUCUUCCAAAGGCACGUAUUAUAAAUCCCCUUCCUCCUCAAUACAUAUGAUUGAAGUAGAGUCAGAAGAAGAUGCGGAGGAAUCAGAGGAGAGAGAGGUUGCAGUUGCGGAAAUGGCAAAAUUAAAGCAUCCCAUCAGUUGUAAAACUCUUACAAAACCCCAAGGGAUCAGAAGCCGCCACCAUUCACAGGAGGAAAGCAAUAGAGACACCUCACAGAAUGCCCAAGCCAGAAGAACUCAAGGGCAGACAGAAGGAAUAACAGCAGGAAGGCUGAAGCUAGCAGAGAAACCUCCAUCUGUCACCACAGAUCCUUUUCCCCAGCCACAAGUUAACAUGGUCAACCUAAAUUGGCCAGAACGGAAGAAGGACAGACCAGCCAUGCAGGCUGGCUCCAGUGGAAGCAGAAUAGUUUCAAAGGAGACUAUGGAAAGACCAAAAGCAACCAUUUCAGCUGGAAUAGUGCUCUGCAGCAGGUGCAAUUGUGAGGCUGAGUUGGAAGUAGUCCUGGAAAAACAGGAGCUGCCCACUCCAAGUGUUUUUGACCGGAUCGGAACCACGCCCCAUGAUAGGGUCAGACAGAGAAAUUACCCUAGGCCUGUCCAAUCCAACAGAAGAGUGACUAAGCAGCCCAAGGAGGAAAUAUCAAUAAAAGUGCCCGGAAGUGACAAACCUUUGGCGGCCAUCAUUGAAGGCAGGUGGUACUCUGUCGGGAAGAAUGGCAGACCAACAAUGGAGCUGACAAGAACCCAAAGGAGGAGGGUUCAGAGACAGGAAAGGACCAGAAAUACUUCCCCAGACAGAACAAGCAAUCUCUCAACUACAGAAGUUGACAAAAGCAGAAUCCUCAGAGAAACCUUCUAUCCAUCCUGCCCUCCCGCCUCAGGAGGUCUACUUGAAACUCCCCAACUAGAGGAAAGAACCGAUCCUGUUCCAGGAGAAGGACAAGAAGACUGGGUUGAGGAAGAUGAAGAGGAGCAGCUGGAUUAUGAGCCAUCUACAGAUGACCAGAAUACCCUCCUCGGGACAGAAGAACUGGGAGAAUGGACGGAGGAAUAUGAUGGAGAACAGAUGGAUAUGACGGAGAGUUGGAUGCGGAAACUGAGGCCUUUGGUGCAGAACUGGAGGACUUGUUACGUGUUGACCUAG